AUGGCACAUUUGCCAACUGCAAUUGUGAUUGACAAUGGAACUGACCAGAUGAGAGUUGGGAUCUCAGGCAGUACAGAGCCUAGUCUGAUCUGUAAAAAUGUCACUGGCAGAUCUGAGAGCAACUCUAGUGAAGGAGAGCUCUGCUUUGGAGAUGAGGCAUGGGGGAGGAGAGACGACUUGUCUGUGAUUCGUCCCAUGAAGCGUGGGAGGGUGGUGUCAUGGACUGAUAUGGAGGCCAUAUGGAGCUAUGUUUUCAACAGGCACGUGAAGACCCCCUCAUGUGAGAGCCCGGUUUUACUGACUGAGUUCCCCUUGACCACCCAGUCUGACAGGGAAAAGACCUGCAGGAUGAUGUUCGAGGGUCUGGGUGUCCCUGCAUUGUACAUGGCCCCUCAGUCGCUCCUGGCCCUGCUGUCUUCAGGCAGGGUGACCGGCUGUGUGGUGGACUGUGGCUACGACGUCACCCACACAGUCCCAGUUUUCGAGGGCCACUGCCUCCCCCACGCUGUGCGUCAGCUGGGCCUGGGAGGGCAGGAUGUCACGGCCCACCUGGCUCUGCUGCUGAAGGAGUCCGGAGCUCAGUUUUCCAGCACCACACAGGAACAUGACACCGUGACCAUCAUCAAGGAGCAGAUGUGUUAUGUAUCCACUGAUCCCUCCUCAGAGACAGCCACAACCAUCAUCGGCAGCACCGAUGCGGACUACCAGCUCCCCGACGGACAGAUGCUGAGGGUUGGCAGCGAGAGGUUCAGGGCACCCGAAAUCCUCUUCUCUCCUCAGACUGUCCGCAUGGUAACACAAGGCAUUCCCAGUCUCCUGGUGAGCUCUGUGUUGGAGAGCGAUGCAGACCUGUGGCAGCUGCUCCUAAACAACGCCGUCCUUGCCGGGGGCUCCAGCCUUCUUCCCGGGAUGGGCCGCAGACUGAGGGAGGAGGCCUCGGCUCUGGCACCGCCAGGAUGCCGCGUGGGGCCAGUCCCUGUGAUGGACACCGCCUGGCUGGGGGGCUCCCUUCUGUCCUCUCUCUCCAUCUUUGGAGACAUGUGCAUCAGUGCCUUGGAGUACCAGGAGAUGGGGUCCAACGUGAUCCAUCACAAGUGCUUCUGA